GUGGGCCAUUUCAUUUAGCAUAUCUAUUUGGUUAUGUGGAACAUCGAUACAAACUAUUUGGUUGAAAUGGCGUGAUAACCCAGUGACAAUGAGCUUCACAGAGAAACAAUAUGAUGUAUCUACUAUACCAUUCCCAACAGUGUCAAUAUGUCCUGAAACCAAAACAUAUGCAAGAAAAUUGAAUAUCUCGGCGGUAGUUCAUUCAAUUAUACAAAAAACAAUGAACUUUUCUGAAACAGAAGUGAUACGAAUGGAAGCUUUGAAUAAUAUUUGCCAGCCUUAUUUGACCGAUCCAACGAAAUGUCAACAAAAAUUCACCGACGAAAGAAUAUUUGAUGUGAUACAAGAUAUGGCACCAUCAUUUAAAGAUGUUAUAUUUGAAUGCAUGUGGAAAUAUGAACCUAAACUGUGUUUGAAGCAUUUCGUGCCUGUUUUUACGGACGAAGGUUUUUGUUUUGCUUUUAAUGCUUUUAAUUCAAACGAAAUGUAUACAGAAGAGAUGGCACCUGGUCUUAUGAUUGUUAAAACAAAUCCAAAUGUGUCACACUGGAGCUUGGAAAAUGGCUAUGAAAAUCAAUUCAACGACCAGGAGUAUCCUUUACGUGUGUAUAAUGCCAAACACGGAGCUUCGUUGGUAGUCACGCUUCGCUUGCACGAAAGAGACUUGGAGUAUUUUUGCAAAGGGUCAAUUCAAGGAUUCAAAGUGAUUUUACAUACACCGGGUCACACAACUAAAGAAAAUCGGCACACCUUUCGGGUGCCAUUACUCGAAGAGGCUGAAAUUGCCAUUAAACCAAAAUUGAUAACCACAUCAUACGAACUGCUCAGAUACCGUCCAAAUCGAAGAAAUUGCUUUUUUAACAAUGAACGUCAGUUGCGUUUCUUUAAAUCUUACUCACAGCAUAAUUGCGAAGCUGAAUGUCUGGCCAAUUUUACUCUAAUUCAAUGUGGAUGCGUGAAAUUUUCAAUGCCAAGAGAAAGAAAUACAAAAAUUUGCGGGGUAGCUAGUUUAGGAUGUUAUCAGAAUGCUGCAGAUAGACUAUUUGGCGAGGAUGUAAUUCAUGGCUUGACCGAUAAUUUAGCAAAGACAUUUCGGAAAGAAUGUAAUUGUAUGUCGGCAUGCACCUCGAUCACAUAUAACGCUGAGAUCGAUAGAGCCAAACUGAAUUGGGAGGGAACUCUGAAGUCAUUUGGAAUACCAUUGAAACAAGCUUCUGAAUCAAAAGUUUCUGUCGUAAGGAUUUUCUUCAGGGACUAUGAGGUGGUCACAAUUCAACGCCAGGCUUUGUAUACGUUUACCGACUUCUUGGCAGUUUGCGGUGGUCUGCUUGGACUCUUCUUGGGCAUUUCUGUAUUGAGCAUCGUAGAAAUUGGUUACUAUGUCACUCUUCGUUUGUUUUGGUCGAUUCGACAAUUCAAGUCAACUCACGCGAUGCAACCGAUUAGAAGAAAUAUCAUUAGUCAUAUUACAGGCAACACACAAUCCAAUCGAUUUUGAAAAGUGAUUUGAGCAUAAAAUGUAGAAAUAAUUGCAUUUAGCAUCCAAUGAAUGUGUUUAUAUCGUGCACUUUAAAAUAAAUAUGUAAAUUGCUCAUGAGAAUAGAAAAAUAAUUAUAACGACGUAAUUAAAUUAAGUUAUAUUGAAGUACUUGCAAUCAAAAAAUUAAUUAGUUGACAAGAGAAGGGAAUAUUCAAGAGUUUUUGA